AUGAACAGAGAGAAAGCCAAGAUCAAAGAGAUGACCCUUCAGCUGGACACCGAAAGAGAAGAGCUUGAAAGCAGCAAGAGCAAAAUGUCCUUGAAACAGCAACAACAAGAGCUCAAGGAAGUGGACUUGCAAGCGCUACAAGAGAAAAUGGAGAACACUGAGCACAGGGUACGCUCUGCUAGAGAGGAACUGCAAGCUCUCAAGAACGACCUGGACAAGAAGAAAGAAGAACUGGACGCUGGCAUGACCAUCAUCAGGCAAGAGAGAGAACAACUCCAUCAGAUCAAGACUGAUAUGGAGAGGGCCAGAGAAACCCUUGUCAAGGAAAAGCAGGAAAUAAGCGCACAGAGGGCCAAGCUCCAAAGGAAGGAAGACGACCUGGUCAACACAAUGAAGCCAAUGGAAAUGCUCAAAGGCAAACUUGAACGGCUGAAUGAAAAGAUGCGUUCAGACCUGAAAUACAAAAUGGACACCCUGCAGCAGAAAAAUGAAGACCUGCAAGCGCUGCACACUGCACUGGAGCAGAGGUUGGCCACACUGGCUCAACAGAAAGCAGACAUGGAUGGUAACACCCAGCUGCUGGAGAGAGAAAAGACUGGUCUGAAGGCUCUGCUGGCAGACAUGGCUGCCCAGACACAAGACCAGGAGAAGCAAUGGCAGCUGAAGCUUGACGCUGACAAACAUGGUCUGGAGAAGCUCAAGGCAGCGCUACAGAAAGACCAAGAGGAUCUGAACAGAGGCAAUGAGACACUGAUCAAGGAAAAAAUGGACUUGGAAAGGACCAGACAGGACUUCCAGAAACUACAAGAGGAAGAGAAAUACAAGAUGCAACAGGAAAGAGACGAGCUGGAAGUGACAAAAGCUGAGCUGCAAAAGGACAAACAACAGGCAAAGGAGCUGCUGGAUGAGAUGAACAGAGAGAAAGCCAAGAUCAAAGAGAUGACCCUUCAGCUGGACACCGAAAGAGAAGAGCUUGAAAGCAGCAAGAGCAAAAUGUCCUUGAAACAGCAACAAGAACAAGAGCUCAAGGAAGUGGACUUGCAAGCGCUACAAGAGAAAAUGGAGAACACUGAGCACAGGGUACGCUCUGCUAGAGAGGAACUGCAAGCUCUCAAGAACGACCUGGACAAGAAGAAAGAAGAACUGGACGCUGGCAUGACCAUCAUCAGGCAAGAGAGAGAACAACUCCAUCAGAUCAAGACUGAUAUGGAGAGGGCCAGAGAAACCCUUGUCAAGGAAAAGCAUGAAAUAAGCGCACAGAGGGCCAAGCUCCAAAGGAAGGAAGACGACCUGGUCAACACAAUGAAGCCAAUGGAAAUGCUCAAAGGCAAACUUGAACGGCUGAAUGAAAAGAUGCGUUCAGACCUGAAAUACAAAAUGGACACCCUGCAGCAGAAAAAUGAAGACCUGCAAGCGCUGCACACUGCACUGGAGCAGAGGUUGGCCACACUGGCUCAACAGAAAGCAGACAUGGAUGGUAACACCCAGCUGCUGGAGAGAGAAAAGACUGGUCUGAAGGCUCUGCUGGCAGACAUGGCUGCCCAGACACAAGACCAGGAGAAGCAAUGGCAGCUGAAGCUUGACGCUGACAAACAUGGUCUGGAGAAGCUCAAGGCAGCGCUACAGAAAGACCAAGAGGAUCUGAACAGAGGCAAUGAGACACUGAUCAAGGAAAAAUUGGACUUGGAAAGGACCAGACAGGACUUCCAGAAACUACAAGAGGAAGAGAAAUACAAGAUGCAACAGGAAAGAGACGAGCUGGAAGUGACAAAAGCUGAGCUGCAAAAGGACAAACAACAGGCAAAGGAGCUGCUGGAUGAGAUGAACAGAGAGAAAGCCAAGAUCAAAGAGAUGACCCUUCAGCUGGACACCGAAAGAGAAGAGCUUGAAAGCAGCAAGAGCAAAAUGUCCUUGAAACAGCAACAAGAACAAGAGCUCAAGGAAGUGGACUUGCAAGCGCUACAAGAGAAAAUGGAGAACACUGAGCACAGGGUACGCUCUGCUAGAGAGGAACUGCAAGCUCUCAAGAACGACCUGGACAAGAAGAAAGAAGAACUGGACGCUGGCAUGACCAUCAUCAGGCAAGAGAGAGAACAACUCCAUCAGAUCAAGACUGAUAUGGAGAGGGCCAGAGAAACCCUUGUCAAGGAAAAGCAGGAAAUAAGCGCACAGAGGGCCGAGCUCCAAAGGAAGGAAGACGACCUGGUCAACACAAUGAAGCCAAUGGAAAUGCUCAAAGGCAAACUUGAACGGCUGAAUGAAAAGAUGCGUUCAGACCUGAAAAACAAAAUGGACACCCUGCAGCAGAAAAAUGAAGACCUGAAAGCGCUGCACACUGCACUGGAGCAGAGGUUGGCCACACUGGCUCAACAGAAAGCAGACAUGGAUGGUAACACCCAGCUGCUGGAGAGAGAAAAGACUGGUCUGAAGGCUCUGCUGGCAGACAUGGCCGCCCAGACACAAGACCAGGAGAAGCAAUGGCAGCUGAAGCUUGACGCUGACAAACAUGGUCUGGAGAAGCUCAAGGCAGAGCUACAGAAAGACCAAGAGGAUCUGAACAGAGGCAAUGAGACACUGAUCAAGGAAAAAUUGGACUUGGAAAGGACCAGACAGGACUUCCAGAAACUACAAGAGGAAGAGAAAUACAAGAUGCAACAGGAAAGAGACGAGCUGGAAGUGACAAAAGCUGAGCUGCAAAAGGACAAACAACAGGCAAAGGAGCUGCUGGAUGAGAUGAACAGAGAGAAAGCCAAGAUCAAAGAGAUGACCCUUCAGCUGGACACCGAAAGAGAAGAGCUUGAAAGCAGCAAGAGCAAAAUGUCCUUGAAACAGCAACAACAAGAGCUCAAGGAAGUGGACUUGCAAGCGCUACAAGAGAAAAUGGAGAACACUGAGCACAGGGUACGCUCUGCUAGAGAGGAACUGCAAGCUCUCAAGAACGACCUGGACAAGAAGAAAGAAGAACUGGACGCUGGCAUGACCAUCAUCAGGCAAGAGAGAGAACAACUCCAUCAGAUCAAGACUGAUAUGGAGAGGGCCAGAGAAACCCUUGUCAAGGAAAAGCAGGAAAUAAGCGCACAGAGGGCCGAGCUCCAAAGGAAGGAAGACGACCUGGUCAACACAAUGAAGCCAAUGGAAAUGCUCAAAGGCAAACUUGAACAGCUGAAUGAAAAGAUGCGUUCAGACCUGAAAAACAAAAUGGACACCCUGCAGCAGAAAAAUGAAGACCUGCAAGCGCUGCACACUGCACUGGAGCAGAGGUUGGCCACACUGGCUCAACAGAAAGCAGACAUGGAUGGUAACACCCAGCUGCUGGAGAGAGAAAAGACUGGUCUGAAGGCUCUGCUGGCAGACAUGGCCGCCCAGACACAAGACCAGGAGACGCAAUGGCAGCUGAAGCUUGACGCUGACAAACAUGGUCUGGAGAAGCUCAAGGCAGAGCUACAGAAAGACCAAGAGGAUCUGAACAGAGGCAAUGAGACACUGAUCAAGGAAAAAUUGGACUUGGAAAGGACCAGACAGGACUUCCAGAAACUACAAGAGGAAGUGAAAUACAAGAUGCAACAGGAAAGAGACGAGCUGGAAGUGACAAAAGCUGAGCUGCAAAAGGACAAACAACAGGCAAAGGAGCUGCUGGAUGAGAUGAACAGAGAGAAAGCCAAGAUCAAAGAGAUGACCCUUCAGCUGGACACCGAAAGAGAAGAGCUUGAAAGCAGCAAGAGCAAAAUGUCCUUGAAACAGCAACAAGAACAAGAGCUCAAGGAAGUGGACUUGCAAGCGCUACAAGAGAAAAUGGAGAACACUGAGCACAGGGUACGCUCUGCUAGAGAGGAACUGCAAGCUCUCAAGAACGACCUGGACAAGAAGAAAGAAGAACUGGACGCUGGCAUGACCAUCAUCAGGCAAGAGAGAGAACAACUCCAUCAGAUCAAGACUGAUAUGGAGAGGGCCAGAGAAACCCUUGUCAAGGAAAAGCAGGAAAUAAGCGCACAGAGGGCCGAGCUCCAAAGGAAGGAAGACGACCUGGUCAACACAAUGAAGCCAAUGGAAAUGCUCAAAGGCAAACUUGAACGGCUGAAUGAAAAGAUGCGUUCAGACCUGAAAAACAAAAUGGACACCCUGCAGCAGAAAAAUGAAGACCUGCAAGCGCUGCACACUGCACUGGAGCAGAGGUUGGCCACACUGGCUCAACAGAAAGCAGACAUGGAUGGUAACACCCAGCUGCUGGAGAGAGAAAAGACUGGUCUGAAGGCUCUGCUGGCAGACAUGGCCGCCCAGACACAAGACCAGGAGAAGCAAUGGCAGCUGAAGCUUGACGCUGACAAACAUGGUCUGGAGAAGCUCAAGGCAGAGCUACAGAAAGACCAAGAGGAUCUGAACAGAGGCAAUGAGACACUGAUCAAGGAAAAAUUGGACUUGGAAAGGACCAGACAGGACUUCCAGAAACUACAAGAGGAAGAGAAAUACAAGAUGCAACAGGAAAGAGACAAGCUGGAAGUGACAAAAGCUGAGCUGCAAAAGGACAAACAACAGGCAAAGGAGCUGCUGGAUGAGAUGAACAGAGAGAAAGCCAAGAUCAAAGAGAUGACCCUUCAGCUGGACACCGAAAGAGAAGAGCUUGAAAGCAGCAAGAGCAAAAUGUCCUUGAAACAGCAACAAGAACAAGAGCUCAAGGAAGUGGACUUGCAAGCGCUACAAGAGAAAAUGGAGAACACUGAGCACAGGGUACGCUCUGCUAGAGAGGAACUGCAAGCUCUCAAGAACGACCUGGACAAGAAGAAAGAAGAACUGGAUGCUGGCAUGACCAUCAUCAGGCAAGAGAGAGAACAACUCCAUCAGAUCAAGACUGAUAUGGAGAGGGCCAGAGAAACCCUUGUCAAGGAAAAGCAGGAAAUAAGCGCACAGAGGGCCGAGCUCCAAAGGAAGGAAGACGACCUGGUCAACACAAUGAAGCCAAUGGAAAUGCUCAAAGGCAAACUUGAACGGCUGAAUGAAAAGAUGCGUUCAGACCUGAAAAACAAAAUGGACACCCUGCAGCAGAAAAAUGAAGACCUGCAAGCGCUGCACACUGCACUGGAGCAGAGGUUGGCCACACUGGCUCAACAGAAAGCAGACAUGGAUGGUAACACCCAGCUGCUGGAGAGAGAAAAGACUGGUCUGAAGGCUCUGCUGGCAGACAUGGCCGCCCAGACACAAGACCAGGAGAAGCAAUGGCAGCUGAAGCUUGACGCUGACAAACAUGGUCUGGAGAAGCUCAAGGCAGCGCUACAGAAAGACCAAGAGGAUCUGAACAGAGGCAAUGAGACACUGAUCAAGGAAAAAUUGGACUUGGAAAGGACCAGACAGGACUUCCAGAAACUACAAGAGGAAGAGAAAUACAAGAUGCAACAGGAAAGAGACGAGCUGGAAGUGACAAAAGCUGAGCUGCAAAAGGACAAACAACAGGCCAAGGAGCUGCUGGAUGAGAUGAACAGAGAGAAAGCCAAGAUCAAAGAGAUGACCCUUCAGCUGGACACCGAAAGAGAAGAGCUUGAAAGCAGCAAGAGCAAAAUGUCCUUGAAACAGCAACAAGAACAAGAGCUCAAGGAAGUGGACUUGCAAGCGCUACAAGAGAAAAUGGAGAACACUGAGCACAGGGUACGCUCUGCUAGAGAGGAACUGCAAGCUCUCAAGAACGACCUGGACAAGAAGAAAGAAGAACUGGAUGCUGGCAUGACCAUCAUCAGGCAAGAGAGAGAACAACUCCAUCAGAUCAAGACUGAUAUGGAGAGGGCCAGAGAAACCCUUGUCAAGGAAAAGCAGGAAAUAAGCGCACAGAGGGCCGAGCUCCAAAGGAAGGAAGACGACCUGGUCAACACAAUGAAGCCAAUGGAAAUGCUCAAAGGCAAACUUGAACGGCUGAAUGAAAAGAUGCGUUCAGACCUGAAAAACAAAAUGGACACCCUGCAGCAGAAAAAUGAAGACCUGCAAGCGCUGCACACUGCACUGGAGCAGAGGUUGGCCACACUGGCUCAACAGAAAGCAGACAUGGAUGGUAACACCCAGCUGCUGGAGAGAGAAAAGACUGGUCUGAAGGCUCUGCUGGCAGACAUGGCCGCCCAGACACAAGACCAGGAGAAGCAAUGGCAGCUGAAGCUUGACGCUGACAAACAUGGUCUGGAGAAGCUCAAGGCAGCGCUACAGAAAGACCAAGAGGAUCUGAACAGAGGCAAUGAGACACUGAUCAAGGAAAAAUUGGACUUGGAAAGGACCAGACAGGACUUCCAGAAACUACAAGAGGAAGAGAAAUACAAAAUGCAACAGGAAAGAGACGAGCUGGAAGUGACAAAAGCUGAGCUGCAAAAGGACAAACAACAGGCAAAGGAGCUGCUGGAUGAGAUGAACAGAGAGAAAGCCAAGAUCAAAGAGAUGACCCUUCAGCUGGACACCGAAAGAGAAGAGCUUGAAAGCAGCAAGAGCAAAAUGUCCUUGAAACAGCAACAAGAACAAGAGCUCAAGGAAGUGGACUUGCAAGCGCUACAAGAGAAAAUGGAGAACACUGAGCACAGGGUACGCUCUGCUAGAGAGGAACUGCAAGCUCUCAAGAACGACCUGGACAAGAAGAAAGAAGAACUGGACGCUGGCAUGACCAUCAUCAGGCAAGAGAGAGAACAACUCCAUCAGAUCAAGACUGAUAUGGAGAGGGCCAGAGAAACCCUUGUCAAGGAAAAGCAGGAAAUAAGCGCACAGAGGGCCGAGCUCCAAAGGAAGGAAGACGACCUGGUCAACACAAUGAAGCCAAUGGAAAUGCUCAAAGGCAAACUUGAACGGCUGAAUGAAAAGAUGCGUUCAGACCUGAAAAACAAAAUGGACACCCUGCAGCAGAAAAAUGAAGACCUGCAAGCGCUGCACACUGCACUGGAGCAGAGGUUGGCCACACUGGCUCAACAGAAAGCAGACAUGGAUGGUAACACCCAGCUGCUGGAGAGAGAAAAGACUGGUCUGAAGGCUCUGCUGGCAGACAUGGCCGCCCAGACACAAGACCAGGAGAAGCAAUGGCAGCUGAAGCUUGACGCUGACAAACAUGGUCUGGAGAAGCUCAAGGCAGCGCUACAGAAAGACCAAGAGGAUCUGAACAGAGGCAAUGAGACACUGAUCAAGGAAAAAUUGGACUUGGAAAGGACCAGACAGGACUUCCAGAAACUACAAGAGGAAGAGAAAUACAAGAUGCAACAGGAAAGAGACGAGCUGGAAGUGACAAAAGCUGAGCUGCAAAAGGACAAACAACAGGCAAAGGAGCUGCUGGAUGAGAUGAACAGAGAGAAAGCCAAGAUCAAAGAGAUGACCCUUCAGCUGGACACCGAAAGAGAAGAGCUUGAAAGCAGCAAGAGCAAAAUGUCCUUGAAACAGCAACAACAAGAGCUCAAGGAAGUGGACUUGCAAGCGCUACAAGAGAAAAUGGAGAACACUGAGCACAGGGUACGCUCUGCUAGAGAGGAACUGCAAGCUCUCAAGAACGACCUGGACAAGAAGAAAGAAGAACUGGACGCUGGCAUGACCAUCAUCAGGCAAGAGAGAGAACAACUCCAUCAGAUCAAGACUGAUAUGGAGAGGGCCAGAGAAACCCUUGUCAAGGAAAAGCAUGAAAUAAGCGCACAGAGGGCCGAGCUCCAAAGGAAGGAAGACGACCUGGUCAACACAAUGAAGCCAAUGGAAAUGCUCAAAGGCAAACUUGAACGGCUGAAUGAAAAGAUGCGUUCAGACCUGAAAAACAAAAUGGACACCCUGCAGCAGAAAAAUGAAGACCUGCAAGCGCUGCACACUGCACUGGAGCAGAGGUUGGCCACACUGGCUCAACAGAAAGCAGACAUGGAUGGUAACACCCAGCUGCUGGAGAGAGAAAAGACUGGUCUGAAGGCUCUGCUGGCAGACAUGGCCGCCCAGACACAAGACCAGGAGAAGCAAUGGCAGCUGAAGCUUGACGCUGACAAACAUGGUCUGGAGAAGCUCAAGGCAGAGCUACAGAAAGACCAAGAGGAUCUGAACAGAGGCAAUGAGACACUGAUCAAGGAAAAAUUGGACUUGGAAAGGACCAGACAGGACUUCCAGAAACUACAAGAGGAAGAGAAAUACAAGAUGCAACAGGAAAGAGACGAGCUGGAAGUGACAAAAGCUGAGCUGCAAAAGGACAAACAACAGGCAAAGGAGCUGCUGGAUGAGAUGAACAGAGAGAAAGCCAAGAUCAAAGAGAUGACCCUUCAGCUGGACACCGAAAGAGAAGAGCUUGAAAGCAGCAAGAGCAAAAUGUCCUUGAAACAGCAACAAGAACAAGAGCUCAAGGAAGUGGACUUGCAAGCGCUACAAGAGAAAAUGGAGAACACUGAGCACAGGGUACGCUCUGCUAGAGAGGAACUGCAAGCUCUCAAGAACGACCUGGACAAGAAGAAAGAAGAACUGGAUGCUGGCAUGACCAUCAUCAGGCAAGAGAGAGAACAACUCCAUCAGAUCAAGACUGAUAUGGAGAGGGCCAGAGAAACCCUUGUCAAGGAAAAGCAGGAAAUAAGCGCACAGAGGGCCGAGCUCCAAAGGAAGGAAGACGACCUGGUCAACACAAUGAAGCCAAUGGAAAUGCUCAAAGGCAAACUUGAACGGCUGAAUGAAAAGAUGCGUUCAGACCUGAAAAACAAAAUGGACACCCUGCAGCAGAAAAAUGAAGACCUGCAAGCGCUGCACACUGCACUGGAGCAGAGGUUGGCCACACUGGCUCAACAGAAAGCAGACAUGGAUGGUAACACCCAGCUGCUGGAGAGAGAAAAGACUGGUCUGAAGGCUCUGCUGGCAGACAUGGCCGCCCAGACACAAGACCAGGAGAAGCAAUGGCAGCUGAAGCUUGACGCUGACAAACAUGGUCUGGAGAAGCUCAAGGCAGCGCUACAGAAAGACCAAGAGGAUCUGAACAGAGGCAAUGAGACACUGAUCAAGGAAAAAUUGGACUUGGAAAGGACCAGACAGGACUUCCAGAAACUACAAGAGGAAGAGAAAUACAAGAUGCAACAGGAAAGAGACGAGCUGGAAGUGACAAAAGCUGAGCUGCAAAAGGACAAACAACAGGCAAAGGAGCUGCUGGAUGAGAUGAACAGAGAGAAAGCCAAGAUCAAAGAGAUGACCCUUCAGCUGGACACCGAAAGAGAAGAGCUUGAAAGCAGCAAGAGCAAAAUGUCCUUGAAACAGCAACAACAAGAACAAGAGCUCAAGGAAGUGGACUUGCAAGCGCUACAAGAGAAAAUGGAGAACACUGAGCACAGGGUACGCUCUGCUAGAGAGGAACUGCAAGCUCUCAAGAACGACCUGGACAAGAAGAAAGAAGAACUGGAUGCUGGCAUGACCAUCAUCAGGCAAGAGAGAGAACAACUCCAUCAGAUCAAGACUGAUAUGGAGAGGGCCAGAGAAACCCUUGUCAAGGAAAAGCAGGAAAUAAGCGCACAGAGGGCCGAGCUCCAAAGGAAGGAAGACGACCUGGUCAACACAAUGAAGCCAAUGGAAAUGCUCAAAGGCAAACUUGAACGGCUGAAUGAAAAGAUGCGUUCAGACCUGAAAAACAAAAUGGACACCCUGCAGCAGAAAAAUGAAGACCUGCAAGCGCUGCACACUGCACUGGAGCAGAGGUUGGCCACACUGGCUCAACAGAAAGCAGACAUGGAUGGUAACACCCAGCUGCUGGAGAGAGAAAAGACUGGUCUGAAGGCUCUGCUGGCAGACAUGGCCGCCCAGACACAAGACCAGGAGAAGCAAUGGCAGCUGAAGCUUGACGCUGACAAACAUGGUCUGGAGAAGCUCAAGGCAGCGCUACAGAAAGACCAAGAGGAUCUGAACAGAGGCAAUGAGACACUGAUCAAGGAAAAAUUGGACUUGGAAAGGACCAGACAGGACUUCCAGAAACUACAAGAGGAAGAGAAAUACAAGAUGCAACAGGAAAGAGACGAGCUGGAAGUGACAAAAGCUGAGCUGCAAAAGGACAAACAACAGGCAAAGGAGCUGCUGGAUGAGAUGAACAGAGAGAAAGCCAAGAUCAAAGAGAUGACCCUUCAGCUGGACACCGAAAGAGAAGAGCUUGAAAGCAGCAAGAGCAAAAUGUCCUUGAAACAGCAACAAGAACAAGAGCUCAAGGAAGUGGACUUGCAAGCGCUACAAGAGAAAAUGGAGAACACUGAGCACAGGGUACGCUCUGCUAGAGAGGAACUGCAAGCUCUCAAGAACGACCUGGACAAGAAGAAAGAAGAACUGGACGCUGGCAUGACCAUCAUCAGGCAAGAGAGAGAACAACUCCAUCAGAUCAAGACUGAUAUGGAGAGGGCCAGAGAAACCCUUGUCAAGGAAAAGCAGGAAAUAAGCGCACAGAGGGCCGAGCUCCAAAGGAAGGAAGACGACCUGGUCAACACAAUGAAGCCAAUGGAAAUGCUCAAAGGCAAACUUGAACGGCUGAAUGAAAAGAUGCGUUCAGACCUGAAAAACAAAAUGGACACCCUGCAGCAGAAAAAUGAAGACCUGCAAGCGCUGCACACUGCACUGGAGCAGAGGUUGGCCACACUGGCUCAACAGAAAGCAGACAUGGAUGGUAACACCCAGCUGCUGGAGAGAGAAAAGACUGGUCUGAAGGCUCUGCUGGCAGACAUGGCCGCCCAGACACAAGACCAGGAGAAGCAAUGGCAGCUGAAGCUUGACGCUGACAAACAUGGUCUGGAGAAGCUCAAGGCAGAGCUACAGAAAGACCAAGAGGAUCUGAACAGAGGCAAUGAGACACUGAUCAAGGAAACAAUGGACUUGGAAAGGACCAGACAGGACUUCCAGAAACUACAAGAGGAAGAGAAAUACAAGAUGCAACAGGAAAGAGACGAGCUGGAAGUGACGAAAAGCUGA